AUGAGUUAUCUUCAUAACGUCGACGUACCUACAAAAAAAGCAACUUUUGGAAUGGGUUGCUUUUGGGGUGUUGAAAGUCUUUUCGGAGCUACAAAAGGUGUUAUUAGAACCAGAGUCGGUUUCACAGGUGGUAAUAAAGACUCUCCAGUUUACAAAAAUUUGGGAGAUCAUACUGAAGCUGUGGAAUUAGAUUAUGAUCCCAAUGUUGUCUCUUAUGAAGAUCUUUUGAAUAUUUUCUGGAGCAAUCAUGAUCCAUCUGCAAGAAUGUCGAGACAGUAUGCUUCUGCAAUAUUUUAUCAUGAUGGAGAUCAAAAAACAUUAGCUGAAAAGACAUUGAAAGAACAAGAAGGAAAAGUGAGGAGUCCGAUUGUUACAAUGCUUGCACCUGCAAAAGAAUUUUACAAUGCCGAAGACUAUCAUCAAAAAUAUCGCCUUCAACAACACACAUUUUUAAUGAACUCUUUGCAAUUAAAACCGAAAACAAAAGAUUUAAUACAAUCUCAUGUAGCGGCAAGAUUAAAUGGUUAUGUUGUCGGAUUUGGGGGAUGCAAACAAUUGGAAGAAGAAGCUGAAAAACUUGGACUUAGUGGAAAAGUUUUGGAAUAUGUAAGAAAAUUGGUAACUAAAUAUGAAGGUCAAGGAAUGUCAUGUUAA